AUCAUUUCCAUUUCCUAAGCUCCCUAUCGAGCUUUGCUUUCAGAUCUAGGAAGGUUUCCUAGAAACUAAAGAGCGAAUAGUAGUCGUAGACGCCGGUAAUUAAGCAGUUUAUCCCAUGAAACGACACAUCUCACCCUUCUUGGUCGUCAAUCGUGAAAGCCGUCAGGUCGCCAAAGCCUUCUAUUCAUACAUCGUCAAAGUCUACCGCAUUUGCGAUAUAGGCAAAGGGAUCCGUCGGGGACAGCCUUUGGAGGUACUGGCAGGAAUAUUACAUCUCAACCUUGAUCGAGACGUCGUCAUGAGUAGUUCAUAUUGAGACAAAUAUUUUAAAACACUAGACGGGCGCGACUUGAAAUUAAUGCGCGAUCAUACUACCGACACUCUCCACUAUGACCGUCGUCACAUAAAAGGCGCGUACACCAUUAAGUACUUUUUCGGAUUCCAUGGACUUAAUUUGCCCUGCUUUAGACUUCUGGCUUAGUCGUCUGAAUAUAGAGCAAGACAAAGAACAAGCGGAAC